AUGCAAUUGCCGUUAAUUUCCUUCCUUCCACACCCCACCAACCCCCCCUUCUCGCAGGUGUUUGUGUUCGACCCAUUUGUCAACGACACCACCUUCACCUCCAUGCUGCAACCCAUCAAGGGCCUCUCCCCCCGCCGCUCCCCCCAGUUCCGCCCCUUCGCCCUCGGACCCCGGGACGGCGUUGCCCUCUUCCACCCCAUACCCUCUCCCUCCUCCUCUUCCCCAUUCUCUCCCUCAUUCUCUGCAUCCUCUUCUGCUUCCUCCGCGUCUUCGGCUCAAGAGACUCGGGAGGCAGCAGUGCUGCGCCUGCGCACGUUCAUGUGCAUGCACUCCCACCGUUGGAUCGACAUCCUACGGCUGGAUAUCGCCGGGCUGGAGCUCGAUUUGUGUGAGAAUGCCGCAGCAGCAGCAGCAGCAGCAGCAGCAGCAGCAGCAGCAGCAGCAGCAGCAGCAGCAGCAGCAGCAGCAGCAGCAGCAGCAGCAGCAGCAGCAGCAGCAGCAGGAGGAGGAGGAGGAGGAGCAGGGGGGGGGGGAAGGGGAGGAGGGGGAUUAGGAGGGGGAGAUGCAUUCGGAACGAGUGUGGGCGAUCUGACGCAACAUGGCGCCGCGGCAUUGGCCGAAAAGACCCCUGUGGGGCCCACGCCUGGGAGUGUUCCGAUUGGCCAGGUGGCGGUGAGGUUCCAUGCUGAGCUGGCGGGGAGGGACGGGGCGAAGAGGCGGCAGAAGUGUGAGGAGACGUUUGCGGUGUGGGGACUGAAGAGAGUGCAUGUGAUGGGGGAUGGGAGCACCGUGCUGUUUGCUCGCACCGGUGCUCCUGCUGCGUUGUAA